AUGGGUUCUUAUAAAUCUAAAAAUCAUAAAGUUGACAUUAAUACACUUCCAGUAGCAGAUCCAGAACCUGAUUAUGUGAUAAAAACAAGACAACCUAUGCCAUCUAAUUGGUAAUUGAAUAUUUUAAGAGGAAAAAGAGAGGAUGAAUUAAGAGGAUUAUCAUAUGCAUAUGCUAGGUAGAAUGAGUAGCUAAUUUAGACGAAAAUGUCAUAAAGCUGUGAAUGAUUUACUUCAAUGUGAAAAGGAUUACGGUUCUUUUUGGGCUGCAUUUGAUUGUUAGGCAUAAAAUCAUGAUAUGAAAGAAUGUUUAACUCAUGAAUAUGAAGUUGAAAUGGAUAAAUUAAGAAGAAAUAUGAAGAUGAAUACAGAAUGGUGGUGGAGAGAUCUUUAUGAUGAAAACGGAGAAGUUGGUGAAUAAGCUAAAUGGAAAGAUGAAUAUUGGUUACUACCAAUAUUAAGAAGCUACAAAGACUUAUUAUAUUCAAUGAUAUCAUAGAAUAAUUGAUAUAAUAAAU